AUGCUUUCUUAAUGGAUUGAGAGUAUUUGUUUAGUAAAAUUUGACAUUGAAAUUGGUUAAAUUGUUGAAUGGACACAACCAUUACAAUCAAUAACAGAUUAAGAAGAAAAAAAUAUAAGUAUGUUAGCAUUUCCAGAUUCAAAUGCAUUUUCUUAAAAUGAAGGUACUAUAUUAUGUUUUUAAACAAGGUCAUCUUAAAUAUGUGUUUAGAGUUAGAAGGUCAGGUGGAAAAAAUAAAUUUUCAUUAGGAUUUGCAUUGUUUAUGUAAAGAAAAGAUGAAGAUAAUCCAAGAGGAUAUACAUAGAAAUCGAUUGUAAUUUUAACAAACCUGCCUCUUGUUACUUUCUAUUAUAAUUUACUAGAACUCAUAUAUACAAAUAUCAAGCAAGGAUGCUUAAAAGCAUAAUUACAAGUAAACUUUAAUCUUGAUAUUUUAGUAUGCUUAUGAAUAAAUAAGUAAUUGGGAAAAACCAUAACCUAAUAAAUUAUUUAAUCUUUAAAUAUUUAAUAAUAAAAUAGCAGUGGAAGUUCCACAUUAUUUAAAAAUGUAAAAGGUUGAUUCUUAAAUGAAUGUAGAAUUAUAAGAAGUAUUAGAGGAGUUAACUCUUACAAAUAUGAUUCAAUUUGAUGACUUAAGAGACAUUGGAUAAUUCUAGGAAGCCAAUAUUUUUGCAGCAUUACCGUAAUUUAAUAAUCAAAAACUAAAAGUCAUGCAAUGUUAGUUCAUUUACCAAAGUUAUGGGAACUUAUUGUCACAAAUCAAUAAUUUAUGGUUAUAGCUGAUUCACCUUAUCAGUGCAGCGAAAUUAUACUUGGAAUGAUUAGCUUAAUUUCACCAAUGAAAUAUAGUGGGGAUUACAGACCAUAUUUCACUAUUUAUGAUAAGGAAUUUCAAUAAAUAAAUUAAGAACUUGAAAAUUCAAUCGUUCGAAAUAUCAUUAUAGGAGUUACUAAUCCUUUUUUUCUGAAAGUAAAAAUUUGAUAUAUAAUAUUUUAGGCAUUCAAAAAAUUUCCAAUUAUAAUUAGAUGCGAUUCAUAAGCAUAAUAAAAUAGAUUAUUAACUUAAGGCAAUAAAGAAUUUUUUUUGUAAGAUGACAAAUAAACUUUGAAAAUGAUGAUUCCUAUAAAAAAUGAAGAAACAAAAACAAUUAAUAAUUCAUUAAUAAAGAAAAUUUAUCGUAAUAUGUCUUUAGAAUUUAUUGGACUUUUUGAAAUGUAUUUUGCAUCCUAAUAAAAUGUACUUAUUAAGAUUAUAAUUAGUAAGUAAAAAAAUUUGAUGAGAAAGAGUUUUUAGAGUUUACUAAAAAUUGCAAGGUCUCAUUUUAGGAUUUGUUUGAAACAAAACAAAAAUUUGUUAAGCUAUAUCAAACAUUUAUUAGAAGUUCCAAUUUUGUAACAUAUUUGAAUGAACGCAAAAAUGUGUAUAUAGCGAAAAACAUUAUUUGA